UGGGAAGAGCGAGCAUGAUGGGGAGAGGCACUGGAACUGAGAUGGAGACGGAAGGAGGGAGGGCAAUGCGGGAGAAACGGCGGUUGAGGGAUUUGGGCUAACGGGGCGGGGCUGGACUACCUUCCCGGGCUGGGCGGUGACGUUGUCGAGCACGGACUUUCUUCGACUUGGGCAGACGAUUAGAGAUAGAGUCUGGGACCGAGAAAUAAAUGGUGGGAAGCGGUUGGUUUUCUGUUACGUUCUGAGAAUCGGGGCCUGAUGUCGGUGCCUUUUUUUUAAAACCGCCCACCUCUCUCAAUGCGACGAGGCCCGGAGCCACGUUCAGCCGCCUGUUGGGACUCGGAGUCUCGAGUUAUUCGAUGCCCGGAUGAUGGUGUGCGUGAGCGGCGAGCGGAGCGCUGCUAGACGCUGAGGCUGCAGCCGGGGUCACCAAGCUCUCCCGGCGUCUCCAGGCUUCUUCUCCCACCCUCUGCGUAUCCAGGCUUCUUCACCCCGCAACCCGGGUCUCCUUCUCCCAAGGCUUGGUUAUGGCCCUAGCCUACUUCUACAAUUGUGCUCGGAAAAUCUUGACCUCCCCCUAUCCAUCUCCGGAUACCGGGCUGUCCACACUCAUCAUCAUUCUUCUCUUCACCUUCCCCGGAAGUGGCGUUCUAGGUGGAAAGUAUGUUUCAGGAAAUGCACAGCUGUCAAAGACCUCAACUGCAUGUGGAGGUACACCAGAACAACUCAGGGCACCAAGUGGAACAAUUACAAGUCCAGGUUGGCCCUUUAACUAUCAAAUUCGCGUUAAUUGUAGUUGGCACAUACAGGCUAACCGGGAGGAAGUCAUCACCAUCAGCUUCCAGGAUUUUGAUAUCCAGAGCUCUGCUUGGUGCAGUUCUGACUGGCUAACUAUAGGAACAUACAAAAGUGUUGAAGGGACUCGAGUAUGUGGCUCUUCCAUCCCAGCACCUUAUAUUUCUUCAAAGGACCAUGUCUGGAUUAAGUUUCAUUCAGAUGACAAGUACACUGGAAAAGGUUUCCGGCUGUCUUAUGUCACAGGCAGAUCUGAGGAGGUAGGCUGUGACUGGGACCAGUUCCACUGUAACAAUGGAAAAUGUAUCCCUGAAAUUUGGAAAUGCAACACAAUGGAUGAAUGUGGAGACAAUUCUGAUGAAGAGCUGUGCGAGCGGUCAAUUCCACCAACUGCCUUUCCUUUUCAGCCUUGUGCAUAUGAUCAGUUCCAGUGUCUGUCAAGAUUUACUGCAGCUUAUACAUGCUUACCUGAGGCCUUGCAAUGUGAUGGAAAUAUUGACUGCCUUGAUUUGGAAGAUGAAAUAGAUUGUGAACCCCCUAGUUGUGGCAAGUGGCUGAGAAACUUCUAUGGAAUAUUCAGUUCUCCUAAUUAUCCUGCAUUUUAUCCACCUGGAAGCAAUUGCACAUGGCUGAUUGAUACGGGAGACAGACGCAAAGUCAUUUUACGUAUCACUGACUUGAAGCUGGAUGGCACUGGCCAUGGGGAUUAUGUCAAAGUGUAUGAUGGGCUGGAGGAGAAUUCGCACAGACUGCUACGUGUCCUGACAUCCUUUGAUUCUCGGCCACCAAUCACUGUCAUCUCUUCCUCUGGACAGGUGCGGGUGCAUUUUUAUGCUGACAAAGUUAAUGCAGCCAGAGGUUUUAAUGCCACCUACCAAGUUGCAGGGUUUUGCCUUCCAUGGGAGAUUCCCUGUGGAGGCAAUUGGGAUUGCUAUACUGAGCAACAGCGCUGUGAUGGUUAUUGGCAUUGCCCAAAUGGACGGGAUGAGACCAACUGUAGCUCAUGCCAAAAGGACGAGUUCCCCUGCUCUCGUAAUGGAGUGUGCUAUCCUUUAUCAGACCGAUGUAAUUACCAAAAUCAUUGCCCAAAUGGGUCAGAUGAGAAGAAUUGCUUCUUUUGCCAGCCUGGUAACUUCCACUGCAAGAACAACCACUGUGUGUUUGAGAGCUGGGUUUGUGAUGCCCAGGAUGACUGUGGUGAUGGCAGUGAUGAGGAGAGCUGUCCUGUGAUUGUACCGACGCGGGUGAUAACUGCAGCAGUCAUCGGAAGUUUAAUCUGUGGACUACUCCUUGUGAUUGCGCUAGGAUGUACCUGCAAACUGUACUCUCUGAGAAUGUUUGAGCGCAGAUCUUUUGAAACCCAUCUAUCAAGAGUUGAAGCUGAGCUUUUGCGAAGAGAGGCUCCUCCAUCCUACGGCCAGUUAAUUGCACAGGGCUUGAUUCCCCCAGUGGAAGAUUUUCCUGUUUGCUCAUCAAACCAGGCAUCCAUUUUGGAAAACCUCCGAUUGGCAGUACGAUCACAACUUGGAUUAACCUCUUUUCGAUCCACUACAUCCAGUAGACAAUCUAACCUCUGGAACCGCGUCUUUAGCUUUGCAAGAUCCAGGAAUUCAGGAUCUCUAGCACUUGUGUCAACUGAUGGAGGUGACGCUACUGGUGCGCAGCAUGCUACAAGAGAACCAGAAAGGAGCAGUCUGCACAGAAGUCUUCUGACACUCGAUUCUGAUGAUGCAGAUAGAGAUGGUGAGCAGAGAGAUAUACCAGGGGCGAUUGGUGGUGUUGUUGCUCCUCUACCUCAAAAAGCUGCACCAAACUCUGUAGUAGAAACUAUUGUUGGAGCAACUGGAAUUUCCGCUGGCUGCCAUACUAAUACUACUACUGACAUUGUUCCUCCACAAUCGGUAAGCUCAGAGCAGCCAAGCAUUAGUCCAGCAAGACAGCAGUUGAGCAGCGCGCUAAGUAGGGUAACUCGGAGUUUGCGCAGAGUGCGGAUUUCUAUUGGGAGAUGCAGUUUGGCAGGACAGAACCAGAGUCCCUUGAGACAGCUUGAUAGAGUGCAUGGAAGAGAUGAUGACGAUGAUGUUGAAUUGUUAAUUCCAAUUUCUGAUGCAGCAUCAGGUGUGGAUACAAGGGACCAUUGCAGACCAGUAACUGAGCCUGGUUCUAAUAGGGUGCAGGAAUGCAGGAAGAAUUGUGUUUCAACUCCUCACAGAGAACAGUCUAAUAAUAGAGAUGGACCUUGCACGCACUGUGGGAUGGUCCAUACAGCCCAGAUUCCCGAGGAGUGCUUUGAAGCAACAUUAAAGAAUGAAGCCAGUGAUGAUGAAUCCUUGCUUGUCUGCUAAAUAUUCAGUACAUCAACUAAUUUUAUUUAUGCUCCUGUCAUUACAGUGCACAUUGUGACUUUUACAUUCUUUCAGUACUUGGAAAGAAAACUGGAUUUUUCUGACUGCCAGAUACAAUAUUUAUUGUCUUUUACUUUUGUUUAUGGGAGUCAAGUAAAUACAUGGUAACAUGUUCCAUGUGGUAAUUUUGGUUUGCAUUAUGCAUUCAAAAUAUGAAUGUAUAAAUUCGUUUUAAUAUGUAGAAUGAAAAUAAAUUAUAACUCGAGUUUCUGCAUUUACACAUCUUUUUCAUAACUGUUUCUAAAAUGUUGUCUUUAUUUAUUGCUGUUGUUCUGAAUUGCAUGUUUUUUCAUUUUUGUUUUUAACCAUUCAGAUUUAUUAGGUGCCCCAAAAACUGAGUCUGGAACCUGAAGAGUGAUGCAAACAAAUAAAAACCUACUUUUACAUUGAGGAGAAUUUUUUUUUUUUUUUUUUUUUUUUUUUUUUUUUUCCCUUUUUCUCUCUUUUAUCUCCAUGCAAUAAAAUAACCUUGCAAGAAGCUGAAAUAUUUGAUCAGGUGAUUUAUGAAGCGUAUUUUCUUUGAAUAAAUUUAAGUUAUUUUUUUC